CCUUCUAUCGCUUUCAGGUAUCGUUUCCCCCCUCUGAUAGACAGAUAAGGUCAUGGAAAACUCACUAGAAACAGACAAGAAUGCUUGGGGGCCAUCUCAUUGCCCUACUCGAGAACAUUGCAGCCUUGGGCAACCAAGAGAUAAACGAGUCUUACGAAGCCAUCCAGAAGUUGUUCCUCAACAUGAACGGAGCCCAAAAGGAGGGAUGGGUGCGCUCGCGCGACGAUGAGGACGCCAGAGCCAAGGUAGCAUCAGUCCGCGGGUUGGCUGGGGAGAUCCGCUCCUACAAUGUCGAGGUGGGAGCUGCCCAGUUCCGGGAAGAGCGCCGCAAGGCCGAACAAGUCAUCGCCAGAAGGAACGCCGAACGUGCCAUCCAGCGACUGCGGGACAGCGAGCGCGCCGCCGCCCAGGCCCACGAGACGCGUAAGGCAGAGGAGGUAGCGGAAUGCAAAGCCAAAGAAGCAUAUGAACCGAGAAACAAACUAUUCUCCGAGGGACUAGCCAGAGCCAGAAACAAACAAGAGGCGCUGAAACGCAGAGCCGAAGAAGAGGAGGAACAACGCAAAGCCGAAGAAGAGGCGGAGAAAUGCAAAACGGAAGAAGAGACAGAGAAGAAGGCCACCGCCGAGAAGGACGUGGCCGAGUCCGCCCGUGGAACCGGCCUGCUCCGGAAAGUCCUUGACAAGGCUUUCAGGCGCUCCCCCUCUCCCGCUCCCGCUCCCGCUACUGCUACUGCCCCCGCUCGCGCCGCCACCCCCGAGGAGUACCGCAACACAGCCGCCGUGCCUGACGGCGGGAAGAGCCUCCGGUUCGUGGUGUCGACUGCGAGCCCUCUGACCACGGAAGACGACGAUUCAUACGACGACGCCUACCUCUCCCUGUCGGAGAUUGCCGCGGACCGUAUCUGGGAGCAGAAACAGAAGAUCAAGGUUGAUAAGGACGGCAACGCUCAUGACGGAGAUUGGCUCGUUGUAUACGCGCGAGUCACUGCUGACCAGGGCAGUGGUCGUGACUAAGGUACUAAACGACCUAGCGUCUUGUCAGGCCCCCUUUCCGAUAUUCUGGGGAUGAGUGUCAGAUAUGGUAAUAUACGGUUGCGAUGGUGCGUCGACUUGGGAGUUUGAGAAAGGGUUUAAUACGCUACCUGCCGAAUUUCUCUGGCAAAGAAGUCGCUAUUAC